AGAUUACAACAGAGUUGGAAUCUAGAGUUCGCUGACUUCUUUUUAUUUUUUUUUAUGGAUCCUCAAAACAAAUCUCAACUUGGCCAAGCCCCCAAGAAUCUGCAAAAUUGCACCUCUCUGUACCUCACAUAUGCUUUCAUUAGUUGGUUGCAAACAUUUAUUUCUUCACAUAGAACUGCUCCAUAGCUGUAACUUGGCCAAGCCCCCAAAAUAAAUCUCAACUUGGCCAAGCCCCUCCAGAGAACUGCUCAUUAGUUGGUUGCAAACAUUUAUUUCUUCUUUUUAUUUUCUUGAGGGCUUGACCAAGUUGAGAAUUAAAUCCAAUAAUUUGCAAUUUUGCAGAUUAAAAGUGGGCUUGGCCCUGAUUCUUUUUUAUGCUUAAUUUGUUUUCAUCCUGGGAAAUUGUGGGAUGACGGCUAUUAAGUGUAUCAAUGCAAAUUUUAGAAAUUGCAUCCCUAGAAAUUGCAUCCCUAUUAAGUGAACAAAGUAUAGGUCUACAAAAAUGUUUUGGAAUUUCUUUUUGUACAUGGUAGCAUUUAUGGGAGUCCAAAUCCAAACUGGGUGGAAGCAAUGGGCUUUGCUUUGCUUUUUAGAAAUCAACUGGGCUUUGCUUUUUUUGUGAACCAAUUAAUUAAUAAACAUGGCAAAUGAUACCAAAUGGGUUCAGAAUCCCAAGUAAAUUAAAGAAGGUAUAUUGAAAAAAUAUGUGAUUUUGUGGAGUGAAAAAUAUGUGAUUUUAGGUAACAGACUUUAGAUCACUUGAACUUUCCCCAGUUAAUGGACGGACUUUAACUGACUUCAUGCAUCUAAGAGGAUUACAAAUGCGCUCUUUGGGUUGUGUGGUUGAACUUGCAGAGAAGCUUCCUCAUAUACAGUCACUUUGUAUUCACGAGAUGGUCACUCGAGCUUUCAAGCAUGUCCUUAAAGCCGUUAUUGCUUUUAUUAAUAAUGUGGCAGACUUAUCCACAUCAGUAGCUUCAUGCUUGAAUUUCUUGCUUGGGGGCUACACAAUAGAAGAUAGUGAACAUAACUUGAGUGGUGAUCACAUGCUCAAAUUGCAGUGGUUACAAACUUUUCUAGCUAAAAGAUAUGGCUGGACUCUAAAAGAUGAGUUUCAACAAUUGAGGAAAUUAACAAUUCUCCGAGGACUUUGCCACAACGUUGGAUUGGAGUUGCUUCCGAAAGACUAUGAUAUGGAAAGCCCAAGCCCUUUCAAGAAAUCUGAUAUUAUCGGCAUUGUUCCUGUGUGUAAACAUGUAGGAUGCUCUUCUGCAGAUGGGCGGACCCUAUUGGAGUCAUCAAAGAUGGCACUCGAUAAAGGAAAGCUAGAAGAUGCUGUCAACUAUGGGACGAAGGCAUUGGCAAAGAUGAUAGCUGUCUGUGGUCCCUAUCAUCGUACGACUGCGAGUGUGUACAGUCUGUUAGCUGUUGUGCUUUACCACACUGAGACUUUAAUCAGUUUUCACUACUCAUGGAUUGCAAUGUGCGACAUGGAAAUUGCUCUCAUUGUUGUUAUUAUUAUUGUUUUAUUUCGUUUCAUGUGUCGUCUUUCAAUCGCAAUCUGA